AUGGGAACAGAGUGGGAACGGGAAUGUGGUGUGCAGAUGUGUGAAGCUAGCUAUGGACCAAAUCCAAUUUGCAAAGGUUGUUUAUCUUGUUCAAAGGAUAAUGGGUGCAUCAGAUGCCAACACAAGUUAUUCUUCUUCCUGCGAAGAGAAGGAAUGAGACAGUAUGGUGAAUGCUUGCAUUCGUGCCCAUCGGGGUACUAUGGACUUCGAACGCCAGAUAUGAACAGAUGUUCAAGAUGCAGAAUAGAAAACUGUGACUCCUGCUUUAGCAGAGACUUUUGUACCAAAUGCAAAACUGGCUUUUACUCGCACAGAGGCCGCUGCUUCCGAGGAUGCCCCCCUGGAUUUGCAGCCUUGGAAGAGCUUAUGGAGUGUGUGGAAGGCUGUGAAGUGGGUCAGUGGAGCGAGUGGGGAACUUGCAGCAGAAAUAACAAAACAUGUGGAUUUAAGUGGGGCCUGGAGACGAGGACAAGACAAAUUGUGAAGAAGCCAGCGAAAGACACGAUACCAUGCCCAACCAUUGCAGAAUCCAGGAGGUGUAAAAUGGCCAUGAGGCAUUGCCCAGGAGGGAGAAGGCCAGCAAAAACAAAGGACAAAAAAAAGAAGAAAAAGAAUUUGAUGGAAAGGGCUCAGAAGCAACACAGCAUCUUUUUAGCGACAGAUAAAACAAGCCAGUAA